AUGCAUGUUUGUCGCAGCUGCUGGCUCCAAAGCCUGGUCCCGUGUGUGUUCUGCGAAGGACAGCGCAUGCAAAUGGCAACUUUGCGCUCCGCUCUGCGCAGUUCUCUGCCCCUGGUGGACCAGGCCAUCAGGCCGACAAGUUCUUUGCAGCUAGUUCGGAACUUCGCUACUACGAAGGCUGCCUCACCAGAAACUCCACUCAUGCACUACAAAGCGACGCAGCAGGCUACGAGCUCCAUUAAUCAUCGAAUCUUCUACGUCAACGUGGUCGCCAUGGUUCUCGUGUACGACCUCGGGUCGUCAAUGCUGGACUUCUGA